AUGCCUGACUGGUAUAAAGAUGAAUGGCUAAAGAUCGUAGUUGCCAUGGGACCGCUUGCGACACAAGACUUCAAAGUCAUGACUGGUGUAGAGAUAGAUAAAUGGCUGAAAAAAUGGGCUCGCGAAAAAUGGUAUGAACUCCGAAGCUUAAAUGCUCCUAGAUACAACAAUGAGUUUUCAUAUGGAGAAAAUGACUGGCCCAAAAUUACGCGUUGGGCUGAACGAGUGACAGGACAGUUUUUGGACGCAUUUGAGUUUGUCCAUAAUCCACUAGUACGGCAUAAUUGUAAUGAGCGAGAAUGGACGGGCAAUUAUAUAGCUCCAUUAAUACAAGGAGUUCUUAUGUUGUAUGGAAGUCUUUGUGUUCCAUGGUAA